AGAGAGAGAGAGAGCACAUCAAGCCCCAAAAGAAGCCCCUUUUUCUCUUUUGCAACACCUCUCUCUCUCUCUCUCUCAUUAAGGUCCACACCUCUUCCCCACCCCUCUUAUCUCCUCAUCUCGCCGAAAAACUUCGCUAACCUCGCCCAAAUUCCCCCCCAAAAAGGCCCUAACCCUAACCCUAACCAUGGCUCCAUAACCCGAGUCAUGGAUAGCAACGACCACGAAGACGACCACGAAGAAGAAGAGGAGGAAGAAAUCAGCCUUCCCGUGCACCCCCGCCUCAAAAUGGGGAGCAACGCCGAGCCUCCACAAAAGCGCACCCCAUUGACGGCGAACCGCUACCGCGAGUGUCUAAAGAACCAUGCCGUCAGCAUGGGCGGCCACGCCGUCGAUGGGUGCGGUGAGUUCAUGCCCGCGGGGGAGGAUGGCUCCCUCGGCGCCCUCAAGUGCGCCGCGUGUGGCUGCCAUCGCAAUUUCCACCGUAAGGAGUCCGACGGCGAGAUCUUCCGGCAGUACCCUCACUUUUAUGGUGGCAGCGUCGGGGGGCCUGCGCCAUAUGCGGCAGCAGCACACAGAGCAGCGCCGCUGGCGCUGCCUUCAAGUUCCGGGGGCCACAGUCGCGAUGACGAGGAUGUAUCGAAUGUGCCGGGUUCCGGGGCCGGGCACAGCCAUGGCCAAGGAUUGGGGGUGAUAAAGAAGAGGUUUAGGACAAAGUUUAGUCAGGAACAAAAGGAUAAGAUGCUGGCGUUUGCAGAGAAGGUGGGGUGGAGGAUACAGAAGCAGGAUGAGGCCGAGGUGCAGAGGUUUUGCGCUGAGGCUUGUGUUAAGAGGCAUGUCCUCAAAGUAUGGAUGCAUAAUAACAAGCACACUCUGGUGGUCUUGUUGGAUGAUGGGGCAUUGCUCAUCCUUGGUGCUGAGAGCUGGGAAAGCUGUUUUUUAGAGAGAGAAACCAUGGCAUUUGAUGUAGAGAGAGGGGAGAGAGAGAUUGUGGUUUUAUUAUUGUUAGCGCUUUUCUGACACUUGUUAGUGUUCGAGGAGAGGAGUCUGGGCUGGUUUUCAUGCAGUCCCUUCUCUUUGUGUGCGCGUGUGGGUCGACUGUAGAGUGAGAGAGAGAUAAAUUUGUUGCAGUAGUUGUAGAGUUAGAGUGAGAGAAGCAUCUUGGAUAUAGCCGAAUCUCUAUAGAUUUUUUUCAUGAGGAUGUUUGAAGUUUUUUCUAUCCAUUAAUAAAAGUAACCCUAGUUUGGAUUCACACUUCAGGUUAAA